CUCCCCUCCCUCUUUCAUUUCUCUCUCAAGCCUCAACCUUCCAUUAUAUAUUACAUGCAACCCCCACUCUUUUACUUCCCCACCUCUUCUCCACAUUUCAGGGAAGACCCCCAUCCUCUCCCUCUCUCUCUCCUCCUUCUGUUCUUCCCUGGUUUCUCCAAUCCCCAUUACAAUAGAAAACAAAAAAAUGGAAGUCUAGAACCCUCUCCUUCUCUCCUGUCUCUUAUAAUCCAAGUCUCCAUUAUUUGUGGAAACCAACAAAAACUUGAAAUCCUUUACAGUAGAGAAGCAUCCAAUUCAUUUGGACCAUUAAUUUUGUUUGUUUAUUUGUUUGUCUUCAUCUUCUUCAUUAAAAUUUUUCAUCUUUCAUCAUCUGGUUGAAGAUCAAGACAGACAUCGAGAAAAGGGUAACGAUCAAAAUGGAGCAAAAUCAAUUCGUGAUUGAAGCAGCAGAAGUGGAAUCAAUGGCGAAAGAGUCAGGCCUAUCUGUUCUGCAACUCCUUCCAUGCCUCGUGAAAUCAGCGCAGAAACUGGCCAGGCCCCCAAUUUCUAAGUACCAUGUUGGAGCCGUUGGUUUAGGUUCUAAUGGACGGAUCUUCCUGGGCGUAAACCUUGAGUUCUCUGGUCUUCCCCUGCAUCACUCCAUCCACGCGGAGCAGUUCCUGGUAACCAACGCCGCCAUCCAUGGCGAGACUGAAUUGAAAUACAUCGCCGUCUCAGCCGCCCCAUGUGGCCAUUGCCGACAGUUCUUGCAAGAGAUUCGUGGUGCCUCUGAGAUCAAGAUCCUCGUCACCUCCACCGAGAACGACGGAGAAGACCAUCAAGUAGACGAAGACAAAACCCUCUCCUUCAGACUUCUCUCUACCUUCCUCCCUCAUCGAUUCGGCCCCUAUGAUCUCCUCGACAAGGAUGUCCCCUUGCUCUUAGAGCCACACCACAACGCUCUCGUUUUCAUCGACGACGACGGCGAUUACCCCCAUCACAGCCACGAAAACGGAAACAUCAUCAGCAACGGCGACGGCGAUGUUGCAGAUCACCAGAAUGAGUUGAAAUGCGCAGCCCUGGAGGCGGCCAACCAAUCACAUGCUCCCUACAGUGGUUGCCCAUCUGGGGUUGCGCUAAUGGACGUAGAGGGGAAGAUCUAUAAAGGGUCAUACAGAGAAUCAGCAGCAUAUAACCCAAGCUUGGGGCCAGUACAGGCGGCGCUGGUGGAGUAUGUGGCGGCCGGAGGCGGAGGUGGGUAUGAUAGGAUCGUGGCAGGGGCUUUGGUGGAGAAGGAAGGAGCUGUGGUGGUUCAAGCUGGCACGGCACAGCUUCUGCUGCAAUCCAUUUUGCCCAGAUGUGAUUUUCGUGUGUUUCGUUGUAAAGCUUCUUCUUCUUACAAUUGUAAAAAGCCAUCUUCAUAGAUGAUGAUGUGGUUGGUCAUUGACUCAUGAGUCAUGACUCAUCUAUCUGCUUUGCUGCUUGCAGAUUUGUUCUGUGGCAACUUUUCUUUUCCACUUUUUUGUCAUUAGAAUUAUCUGAAAAAAAGGAAUCAAAUUGACUGGCUAA